UUUUCUCACUUGAUUUUUAUUUGUGCUCGCUCAUUCACCGAUUGCGCCAGCGUGGAAAAGUGACAAGUUUUUAAAGACUCGAAGACGACAAACUACUUUUAUUUUCGGAUUAAUUUGUUUACUGCGUUAUUGUUGCUAAAAACAAACUUUAACAUGGAUUUCUUACAAGUGAAAGGCAAGACAAAAGUAAUGUUUUCAGUUUUACUGGUGUUUCUAUUGGUCGGGGCAUGUGUAAACGCGGAGAACACGGCGUACUACGCCGGCGAGCCGACAUUGGACCUGAAGCGGAGCGACAUCGUGACCCUGGACCGUCAGAAGCGGGACGCCCCCGCCCCCGCCCCCGCCAACGUGCCGCCCCCCGCCAGCCCCGCGCCGCCCGCGGCUAAUGCGACCCUUAGCAACGCUACUACCAACCAGACUUCUGCUUCAGCUACCACCGCGCCGGCGACUGUCAGGGUGCCCAUGCUCGGCGCCAACGGCACCGGUGUCCGCUGGGAGAACGCCACCAAGUCAGUCAAUGAGCCAAAGGUCAGCGACCCGCUCACUGAUGGCACCGAUGACAACAUUACGGAAAUAUUCAAAGAAACCCCGGAGCAGAUCCAACAAGUACUCGCUCAGCACAACCUCACGGACCUGCAAUAUGAGAACCACAGCUUCUACAGCAGCACUUUCAUUGGGAACCGCACCUACUUCGACGAAUACUGGGCGAACCUGACGGCGGCGCGGGCCGAGGUGCACCCCAUCUUGAGCGACUCGCACCGCAGAGCCACGGCGUUGAAGCUGCAAUUCCCGUUCCCAUUCUACGGCCACCCCCUUCACAACAUCACGGUGGCCACCGGAGGGUUCAUCUAUACCGGCGAGCACGUCCACCAUUGGUUGGCGGCCACCCAGUACAUCGCGCCUCUGAUGGCCAACUUCGACACUACGCAGUCUGAUGAUAGUGUGGUCAAAGUGUCUAGUUUGGACGACCAGUUCACCGCAAUCUGGGAGAACGUGGCACUACAAGAGGACAAAUCACACAAGUUCACGUUUGCGGUCACCCUGUAUAAGAACGGAGACAUCAUCUUCGCAUACAAGGACAUCCCGAUCCCGAUCGGGGACAUCAACGAGUAUGUCCACCCUGUGAAGGUGGGCAUCAGUGAUGCUUACCAGACCGAUCGGAUUGUGUUCUCGGCGGAUGCCAAUGGUGACGUGAGGAGGAAGACCAUCUACGAGUACCACCGCGUCAACUUCAGGGACUACCAGAUCACGAACCACACCAUGCUCAGGCUGGUGGCUCUGCCCACGUGCCUGCAGUACAACUCUUGCGCUGAAUGCGUCAACCACGACACUGGCUUCAACUGCACCUGGUGCGAACAGAUCCAGCGCUGCUCCAGCGGCACCGACCGCAACAAGCAAGAUUGGGUGCUGCGACACUGCGACCAGAAGCCCGUGAUGGACGUGAGCCAAUGCAAAGCCCGUAACGCCAGCGUCGACCAGUCAGUGCCCUACGGACCCGACUCCACCACCUCUGUCGUCACCACCGCAAGCCCGCUGUCCCCGCCAUCGCCAGUGCGCUCCGGAGCCGCCGCCCCGUACCAAUCAUCUGUGGGCGGUGCGGUAGCCGCCUUCGUGAUCGUGGCGCUGCUGGCGACGCUCGCCGGAUGGACCGUCUACGCGUUCAAGAACCCGCACACUAGGAGUGGACAGAUGCUCAUCAAGUACCGACCAUCGCAGUGGAGCUGGAAGCGAGGCGAGGCCCGCUACACCGCCGCCACCAUCCACAUUGAAAGUGAGCGGGAGUGCGAGGAAACGCCUCAUCCAGAGUUUCUUCUAAUGACUGGAACCGCGUACCAUCCGAAUUUCUAAUCACCACUAGGUACUUUAUUAUCGAGGCACAAUUAUGUAAGCCUCGUCAGUUUCUUUACCAUUAUCACAGAUAAAUAAUAUUAAUAACACACAAGCACUUAGAUGGUUUGUUUUAUUACAAUAUUCGUUGCAUCAUUAGUAUCUAGAGCAAGCGCAUUUAUGUGCCAAGUGUAAAUGAGAUGUUGAUACGAUACAAUUAAGUACAUGAUACCUACCCAUACGUUUGUUUACUCCCACUCACAUUUUGUAUGGUAUUGUAUAUGAUUAUGUUGAUUUUUUAUUAAUUUGGUAAACCAUUCUUAGUUACACUGAAAGUAUAUUUCGCUAUAAGAUAUAAUAAAUGUAAGCCUUGCCCUCCUACAUACCUGAAAUUAAUAUGACUUAUAUUUUUCUAAUGAAUCGCUCAUACUAUGAAAUAUUAUAUCAGCUAUUUUAUAAUAUCUAUCUGAUUGUUAAAACUUUACAUUUCUAAAAAUAUAUUUAUUGAAUGAAUUUGUAUAACUUAUUGCAGAUACCAAAAUUGAAAAAAAAUAUGAACUGUAGCAUCCUCUUUAUGAACUAAUCUAUACAAUAAAUUGUGCCGUUGAAACAA